AAUCUUUGUAUAAAAGAAAAAAGUGAUAGCAUAAAUCUUUGUACCUAAUGCUUUAACGCGUAGACUUUUCUCCAGAAAAAAUCGUGGCGGUGCCAUUGCAGCACAAAUCUUGAAAUUGUCCAUUCCUCAAACCCCCCAAAAGAAGUUGUGUGAGAUCAGACAAAGGAACAAGAGUUGUUUGAGCUGAAUCAAGAAUGGAUCUACCAGCAGAAGAGCUUCAAUUCUUGACUAUUCCUGAUAUUUUUCAAGAAUCAAUCUCCAUACCUAAGAGAUCUCCAAAAACAUUCUACCUUAUUACCCUUACUUUACUAUUUCCUUUAUCUUUUGCAAUCUUGGCUCAUUCUUUGUUCACUCAUCCAAUCCUUACUCAGCUUCAAGAAAACCCAAAUUCAUCUCAUGCUUCUCAAUGGACAAAGCUCAUCGUUUUUCAGUUUUUUUAUUUGCUUUUCUUGUUUGCUUUCUCUUUGCUUUCAACUGCUGCUGUUGUUUUCACUGUAGCAUCAAUUUACACUACAAAGCCUGUGUCUUUUUCAUCUACCUUAGCUGCAAUUCCCAGUGUUUUCAAGAGGCUUUUUAUCACCUUCAUAUGGGUUUCUCUUUCUAUGUUGGCUUAUAAUACUGUUUUCUUGAUUUUUCUUGUGCUUCUCAUUGUAGCAGCAGAUACCCAGAAUGUGGUUUUGUUCCUUUUCUCCUUUUUGGUUGUCUUUAUACUCUUUCUUGUAGUUCAUGUUUACUUCAGCGCAUUGUGGCAUUUGGCCAGUGUGGUGUCUGUUCUUGAGCCUAUUUAUGGUAUAGGAGCUAUGAAGAAGAGCUAUCAGUUGUUGAAAGGGAAGACAGGAAUGGCAUUUUUCUUUGUUUUUGGAUAUUUGUCUAUUUGUGGGGUAAUUAAUGGGUUUUUUGGGUCUGUUGUGGUUCAUGGAGGUGAUAAUUAUGGUGUGAUUUCAAGGAUUUUGAUUGGUGGGUUCUUGGUUGGAGUAUUGGUGAUUGUGAAUCUUGUGGGGCUUUUGAUGCAAAGUGUGUUUUACUAUGUUUGCAAGAGCUACCAUCAUCAAGAGAUAGAUAAGACUGCUCUCUACGAUCAUCUUGGUGGAUACCUUGGGGAAUAUGUGCCUCUGAAAAGCAGCGUGCAGAUGGAGAACUUAGAAGGCGGUCCCUUGACGCCAUGAUGCCUGACAUAUUUAGUUCAGCUGGAUGUGGGUAACAUGACAUGAGAAAGGAGAUACAUGUUGGCAUCAUCAUUAUGCAUUGUCAAGGAUAACAAAAUUUCAAGUCAGUUGGCCACCUGAUGUCCUUUGUUUCGGACAUCUUCCAAGCAAUAUGCUGGCCAAGACGGUCUGUCUUACAUGACGAUGCAAAUGAUGUGAGGAAUCUGUCGCUGCUAAGAAUCGGAAGUUUUUGAAAAAGAAGUAUCUUCAUCUAGUGGAAGACGCUAGGGUGGUGUGCUGAAGAAAUAUCUUGGCAUAUAAAAGUAAGUUAGUUAUAGAUUUGGAGAAGUCGUAAAAUGCUUAAACUGGCGGAAAUAUGAACUAUCCGUUUGAUGGAUGAUUUGGAAUGAACAAUGUUUUUCACUCUUCUAUUUGGUUUCUUCAUUGUUUUAUGUUGUUGUUUUUUUGCUAAUUUUAUUUUGCCUAUGGAUCUUGUAUUAA